UUGACUCGCGCAGUCGCAAACGCCAGUCGAGGAGUAAAGCCGAACUUCAAAACGUGGCCGGUCGUCGCGCAUGCGCAAACCGAAAAAAAAAAUAAAUAAAAAAUAGGAAAGAAAAAAAAGAAGCUGAGGGAAAAAAAUUCCUCCACACAUGUGAAGCCCAUUUCAUCAGUUUGUCUGCGGUCUGCCGUUCAUCCCAACAAAUUACAAAACAGCCAGGAGCAGAAGUAGUGUGAAGAUGACCCCGCAGCUGACCGAAAGAUGAUCGAGGCCUUUGCAAACCACUUGAGCAGCCACCUGGGACGCCACCUAUUCUACUGGGCCAUUGAAUCGAGCAGCGCCGGUUCGGGAAACUACGGCCUCAACCUGCGGCUCUCCGAGCUGAUCAACAAGUUCCACGGCCCCCUUGAGCGGGGAGUCCAGGUGCUGGACCACCUGCUGACCCUCGAGGAGGAGGACUUCGCCGGCCACUGGGGCAGCGCCUACGCGCACAACUAUGAGCCGGAGUACGCCGCUCGAGUGCCGGAGAACGAGGAGCUACCACCUCCAGAACAGAUGGAAACCCUCAACAAUGGUAACGGACUGCUCCACUCGCCGCCCCACAAUCACCAGCAGCAGCAGCAACAACAGCAGCGCGGCGGAGGCGGCACAUCUCCACCUGGCGGCGGCGGAGGAGGAGGGCCCUCUGCUGGGGCGGAUCACAAUAUCCAGAUAACGCAGCCCAUCAGUGCCCCAUCCUCGCCACUGGCCUCGCCAGGUGCCCUGAACAGCAGCAGCAGCAGCAGUGGCGGCGGAGGAGGAAGUGGCGGAGUCAUCUCCGGCAGUCCCACGGCCUUCUGUCUGCCCUCCAGCUCCACGGCGGCGGCAGUGGCCGCCAUCUCCGCCACGCCCACCAGCGGCAGUGGAUCGUAUGUCUGCUCCGCAGGAACCAACUGGCAUUUCGCGGCUGUGGCAGCAUCGAAUGCCAUCGAUACAGCGGAUCCCAACUGGCAGGCCAGCAAGGCGACGGUUCUCGAGAGGAAUGCUGCCAUGUUCAACAACGAACUUAUGUCUGAUAUCAAGUUCAUAGUAGGCGGAGAGUUCGAUAUCGAUCCCAUUCAGACUAUUCCCGCCCACAAAUACAUCCUCGCCACGGGCAGCUCUGUAUUCUAUGCUAUGUUCUAUGGAGGACUGGCGGAGAACAAGCAGGAAAUCAAAGUGCCUGAUGUGGAACCCACUGCCUUCCUAACGUUGCUAAGGUACCUCUAUUGUGAUGAAAUCAAACUGGAACCUGAACACAUCCUGGCCACCCUGUAUGCGGCCAAGAAGUACAUCGUCCCCCAUUUGGCUAGAGCCUGCGUCAACUAUCUGGAGGUGAAGUUGACGGCAAAAAACGCCUGCCUACUUCUCAGUCAAUCGCGUCUGUUCGAGGAGCCCGAGCUGAUGCAACGUUGCUGGGAAGUGAUCGACGCACAGGCCGAGAUGGCGGUUAAGUCCGAGGACUUUGUAGACAUCGAUCUCAAGACGUUCGAGUCGAUUCUGUCGCGGGAAACGCUCAACUGCAAGGAGAUUCACCUGUUCGAGGCGGCUCUCAACUGGGCCUUGAACGCCUGCGAGAAGAUGAGCAUCGACGACACCCCGCAAAACAAACGCAGGCUGUUGGGACAGGCGCUGCACCUUAUCCGCAUUCCCACAAUGUCGCUGGAGGAGUUCGCCAACGGCGUGGCGCAGACAGGCAUUCUGUCGUCGCAGGAGACGAUCGACAUGUUCCUGCACUUCACCGCCAAGAUGAAACCCUCGCUGGGCUUUCCAACACGCUCGAGGGCGGGACUAAAAACGCAGGUCUGCCAUCGUUUCCAGUCGUGCGCCUACCGCUCGAAUCAGUGGCGAUACCGCGGACGCUGUGACUCUAUUCAGUUCUCAGUUGAUCGGAGAAUCUUCAUUGUGGGCUUUGGACUGUACGGCUCAUCAACUGGCGCAGCCAACUACAACGUGAAGAUUGAGCUGAAACGCCUGGGUCGCACGCUCGCCGAGAACGACACCAAGUUCUUUUCGGACGGAUCGAGCAACACGUUCCACGUCUUCUUCGAGAAUCCCAUUCAGAUCGAGCCCGAAUGCUAUUACACCGCCUCUGUAAUCCUCGACGGCAACGAGCUAAGCUUUUUCGGCCAGGAGGGCAUGUCGGAGGUGCUCAUGGGCAACGUGACAUUCCAGUUUCAGUGCUCGUCGGAGAGCACCAACGGCACCGGAGUGCAAGGUGGUCAGAUCCCGGAGUUAAUCUUCUACGGACCCACAACGGUGACUGCAUUGAGUUCACCUACAAAUUCGGUGUGUGCCACGCCAAUUGGCGGUGGACCAGCAGUCGCGGGAGCCACAACAACCACAACAGCAGCGGGAACUGCCAUUUCAAAUGGCAGCAGUGGAUCGGGCAAUAACGCCAAUGGUUCUGGAGAGGAUUUGGCCGGCGAUGGAAGCACCUGAUGUGCACAGCUCUACUGCGCCGAGUGGCAGGGAGCGUGUUACUACCGCCAGCAGCAGCAGCAGCAGCAACAGAGGAGACCAACACAACAAUACAAAACACAGCAGCCGCAGCAGCUACAGAUACAGAUACAAAAUCGAAACUCAUGGGUUUUCAGUGCAACACAACAAAGCAAAUUGGAGUUUUAGGCGCAUAUAUAUACCACGAUAGUAGAGUGCUCUAGUUUUCGUAAUAGUCCUAUAUAUAGUCAUAUAUAAACUAAAGGCAUAGACACAUAUAUAUAUACACCUCGGCAGUGCGUUUUAAAGCUCCAAGACUGUUGACAAAGCGAGAUAAUCUCAACGAGAAAGUCAUCCAAAGCCAGUCAUUCGAUAUAAGGAAUUUUCAACGAUUGAACAAAUUCCCUUCGUUAUCCCAAGUAUGUUAAGCAAGUUAAAUUUGAAGGUUUUGCUGCUCUAAAACGCACUGUGCGUAGUUUGUUGGUAAAGCAUAUAAAGAUAUUUUCAAAAUCGAAAGUUGAUCAUAUACACCCAUAACUAUAUAGAUGCAGAUACUAGUUGACUCGAAAACUUAAUACGUUCCACGAUUUGAAAGGGCGGGAUGGGGUAGAAAGGGCGCAGAAUAGAGUCGCAUAUAUAAAUGCAAUAAGUGAAAAUCGGGCAAUCAGUCAAGCUAGCGUUAACCAAUAUUCUAAAGAGAGUUGAAGGUAGAGUGGAAGAAACUAAUACGAUAUAUACCAAACAUAUUUUUGCCAGCAUAUACCUAACAUAUAUACACAUCUGAUCUGAUAAAGAUAUAUACAAGCAUCUAGAUAAACUAUAGACCUAUACACUUCAAGGGAUUAAAAGCCAUGUUAAGAAUUGCAUACGACGAAUUUGAAAGCCAAGUUAACCAGUUUACGAAAUAUGAAACAAAAAUGAAAUCAAGGGAUCUUGUACGAGUAUGCGCACAAAAUCUUCUCUACAAAUAUUCGAAUAUUAAUCUUGUAGAAUGCAUUAUCUAUAUUUCGUAGUUGUUCCAUUAUAUCUCUCAUAAAUACACAUAUGCCUUUCUACUGAUAUUAAGCCCCGUACUUUGCCCCUGUGCAUUAUUCUAGGCUGCUUUGCGCAACAAUCAGUUUUACGUUCGACUUUUGGAUUUCUUUGGAAAUUGUACUGAUUUUUUGCUUUUGAUAAGAAGACAAUUACCGUUUUUUUAUAUACAAAUAUAUCUAUAUAAAUAAACAUGUUAUCCUAUAUUGAUUAUGAACCUAUUACCAUUAUGUACUUUAAUCAAACGAAAUACAUUAUUAGAUUUUUGCGAAUUUA